AUGUCGCGUGUACGUCACUGGGAGGCACGGCCGCACCUGGAGGGUAGGUGGAUAUGGGGCGUGAAGCAGCUGGCUGUACGUGUGCAGAGCCGGUCAGAGAUGUAUGAAACAAUAGCAUCGUCGCUAAGUUAUCUGACCUUUGUACUAGCCAAGUACCCGGAUGUCCAGGAAAAGGUGCGUCAAGAGGUCGUCGACACUAUUUCUGAGCAGCGGACCAGCGUGCGAGCUUUCUCCAAGCAAAGCUUCUGCUCAAUCGACCGUAGUUUCAACCUCGUCAAGAGGGUAAACUGGACUUCGAGACUGUUACAAGAAGACUUGGUUUACCUGGAACAAGUAAUCAAGGAAACGGUGCGACUCUACCCUCCUGGUCUCACUUUCGUGACGAGGCAAGCCAAAGAAGACUUCACGUACAGGGGUACCCAGUUCAAGGCCGCGACGUGCUUCAUGGUGCCGCUAUACCAGAUCCACAGGGACCCACGCUUCUGGCCUGACCCUCUGCAGUUCAACCCUGAAAGGUUUGGCGCCGAAAACGAAGCCCACCUGAUAAAAGUGGCGUAUAUGCCUUUCGGCUUGGGUCCGCGAAACUGCGUCGGCAAAAGCAUGGCCACGCUCAUUCUCAAACUGGCGAUGGCGAAGCUGCUGCUCCAGUACCGCCUGGAGCUCGGCCCUUCACAAAUGGGCGAAAUGCAGAUAAAUUCACGUGCGAUGGUGUCGACACCUGAGAACGGCCCGUGGGUCAUCAUCCGCCACCACAACAGGCACCGAUAGCAACAUCUGCACUCGAACAUUCUCCAACGAUCAUACCACCCAUGUAGCAAGACUAUAUAUCGAUAGGAUAAUGGUUCUGCAUAUUUUGAGAAGUGAGGCGCGACGGCGACAAAUGACAGAGGGAAUACAUACACACACUC